GAUUCCUUUAACUUCUCAAAACGGAAGUGAUUUCUCUUAGCCUCGUUUGUAAGGUAAAUUUACUUCCGACCAUCUUUGUUGUCAUUUUAGCGGGAAACGAAGGUCGAUCGAAUCGUUGAUCGCGCGCAGUUUUGGAGAAAAUGGGAACUUUUCCGUUUUCUGCCAUCGUGAUUCUUUAUUUUGGUUGUCUACUGUAAUCUGGACGUGAAUCGAGGAAACAACGCCUUGAUGCGGAAUUCCAUUGGAAAAAUCAACAAAAAGUGCUCCAACUAAUCAAUGUGUUUUGUUUGAAACGAGGCAAUUUCAUUCAUUCAUUUGCAUGCGACUUCAGUUCCUUUGUUGGCUAGAAGUUCCAAAAUUUUCCGUCUUUUCUCUUUGAUUUUAGGGUUCGCUCGUUCUUUUUUAUUAGAGACUUAAAUGCACAGUUCCGAAACGUUUUUCUCCGACUUGCUGAAGCUUGAACGCAUUUCCGAUCGCCGUUGCUCGUGAGUUCUGCAAUUUUUGCAGUGCUCAAACAUGGACGAGAUUUUUUCAUUCAUUUACACCACGUGUUAAAAUUUGUACGCGGAAAAGGUUAAAAAAUCAACCAAGAGCGCGAAAUUUUUAGAACCACUUCGAAAGAUGGACAGUUUAGCAUUCGAGGUAGCACGGAAAAACUCCAAAACGUGCCAAAUCGAGGGAUGUCAUGAACUUACAGUUGGUUCUCGAACGACCUUAUGCCGAAAGCAUCGCAACAAUAGGUACAAACAAAAUUACAAGAAGAAAAAACGCAAGACCCAAGGAUCUGAAGAAAUACAGAGUGAGUCUCUUGAAAACCAACUUGCAGAAGAAAAAUGUUUGAUGGAACAGAAAUAUGCCAGUAUGCUGCAACAAGUGUUGGCGCAGAAGCAGUUGGAAUUGUUACAAUCCGAAAAAGUGAUCCAGGUUUUAAGAGCUCACCAAAGGAGAGUCAAAGAAGAAAAAAUCAAGGAAAUUCAAGAGAGGAAAGAGAAGAAGGAACAUGAGCUACCUAAAGAAACUUUAGAUCUAAGUUUGUCAUUAAGUGGUGUGGUGAAAGAUGGCUUGGUCCCAGAGAAAAGUCCUUCCAAAGCAUCAAAAAGUACUAAGAGCUCUGGUAAAACUAACCAGAGCAAGAAGAACUCUAAUAAGGGAUCACCCUCUAAAGAUGCACGUCUAGGAAAUAACCUUUCAUUCCCCAGAAACAUGGAAAAUGUCUCAACACCCCCUUUGCCAGAUUUAGUGCCAGCAGGAAUUAGUGUUCCACCUUACCUAGGAAACAGGAAUGGAAAUUACUCAGGACAAAACCCAUAUGGUGCCACAGGCUCACCACAGCUGACUCCAAUCCAACCAACCAUCAUGUCACCUCAGCAGAUUCCUAAGAUUGAAAAAGUAUUUAGUUACCAACCAGCAUUGAGCGCUGUUAGUAAUUCCUCCAAAGUUUGCGUGGAUGCAGCUGUUAAAGACCUUUCUCCUGGAAAUCAUGGAAAAGGUGUUGCAGUUUCCAGCAAUCAACCUAGGCCAGCUCCUGGUGGGAUUUCCCAACACUCAGCCACAGAUAUGAACAAUUUAAUGUUACUUAGCUCCAAAGCUGCGCAGAGUACUCAAACCAGACUACUGCAGAAUUUACUGCCUUACCCAACAGUCCACAGUACCAUUCUCAGUAGCACAAAUAUCACCUCCCAAGCAGGGCAAACAAGGCCGUCUUAUCAAAAUAUGAUGACGCCAUGCUCAUCAACAUCUGUAUCAACUGGAGGAAGCUCCUCUAUCGGUGCAGGGAUGCCGCACCAACGUCAAAUGAGUUUUCCAAUCACAAACUUUAGCCAGACAAUGUCACUGCCAAAUAACAGUCAGAUUGUAACUACAGGAACAUGUACACAAACUCACCUAUCAAGCCAGCUUGAUGCAUCACAAAACUGGUCAAACCGGAUGGCACAGGGAAGGCUGCAGGCUCCUUCAGUACAGGAUGACUUUCUGCUUCAGAUGCUUCAGGAAAACAAAGAGCAACAAGUCCAACUUGGUGCCCAGUCCCAAACAAACAGUGGGUUGACCAGUUUAGAUCACGUGAUACCUGAUUCCUCUUGGGCUGCAAUGACUAUUGGGAUAUAACAACAUAAGGCAUGGCUUCUUAGUCUACUCGUACUCGGUCUUAGUGCUCCAACUUUCUGUACCUCAUUACAUAUGUUUUAUACUUUUUUUAUUCAUCUUUCCUUACACUGAAGUCAUAACAUUUUUUGUGACUUGAAAUCAUAUUGAUUGUUUUCUACAUUCAGAGCAAAUUUCCUUUCACUAUGUUUUGUUUAAAGGUUGCUCACAAGAAAGACAACAAAAAAAACACGAUGUAGUGGGUGUAUUUCGAUUGAGCGUGAAAAAGCCAGAACGAAUUGAUAACCACUCCCAUUUAGAACAAAGAAAAAAAAACCACAAGAAACAAAUGAUAACUCAGAGUGAAAAGGUAAAGUUCCAAGAGCGCGGGAAACGAGGGUGACCGCGGGUGACGCGGGAAUAUGAAGUCUUGCAUCUGAUUGGUCGGAAGGGUGGCGUGAUAUUUUUAGACCAAUCACAGAGUGUGGUAUGACAAAGCCGGUGUAAUCCUACAUCAUUUUCGACAAUCAGUUAAAAAUCGCUCCGAUGCUGGAGUUCUUGUGUCUUUGAGAAGCACUAUGAAUGAAGAACACGUGUCAAAUGUGCUCAAUGUGAAAAGCGUCAGCGUGUUUCAGCGUUCAUUUUUCUAACGAACAAUAUUAUCGGGAAGUGUUUGUUUUUCUCAGCGUCGACUCACAAAGGGACAACCUUAGGAACGAUUCAGAGGAAUUAACUUAUUCACCAAGGAUUAUAAAUCAGUGGAUUAUGUCAAAUAAAAAACAUUGAGAAAGGUUGAAAAA